AUGGCUUCUUGUUUGAUGACUCAGACUGGACCUCCGCUGACUUUUCUUAAGAAGCUGCAGGUGAGCUUGGAAUGGUGUGUGGGUGUGCUUUGCCUUGACAUUAGAGUUAUAGAAAUGGAAGGGACCCGGAGGGUCAUCUAGUCCAACCCCACCGGAUGUGCAGGAAUCUUUUGCCUCUAGGAAGGAUCCCACAAUCUCAGCGGCCGCCGUUCCUUGGGUUGGAAGGGAAAUUGGAAACAGUUGGCAUUUUAAAGCAAAUCUACCUAAUCUGUACUUUCCAAACAAUAAGGGAAUAGGAAGACAGUCCAGUUUCGUACUUCUCUGAAUUUUGCAGUGCCAACGACUCCAGCCUAGGUUAUGAGUGUAAAAAGAGCUGCACUGUACUGGGGUAAAGUGGGCCUUAAAAUGAAUAUAAAUAGAGAAACUAAUAUACAUUCUAUUUGGGGGAAAUUGCUUUGCAACGAUGCGUGUGUGUGGCAGAAUUGAAUACACAAAUGUGUAGAUCAGCAGAAGUUUGUACUAAAACGCCUGUGGGUUUUCAUGAGGACUUAAAAAAAUAAAUUUGCAAAUUGACGUGAAAAUAUGGACAGCUGGAGUUAAGUGUAGAAAAACAGAGAGAUGGGCAGAAAUUGAAAUGAACAGAUUGGUCCACUGAAUUGAAUUCCCCCCACAUCCCUUAAAAUAUCAGCGAUUGUCAUACACAUAUGAAGACACCACUAUAUCAAAAAAGCACAUAGAAAAGAAAGGGAAAACAUAAAAAAUAAAAAAUAAAAGCACACAAAUUCCUAGAAUUGUAGAAUUCCUAGAUGUCACUAUUCAGAUGACAUAUUAGUAUUCCAUGCUUGAGUACAUCAAAAGCAUUGGCUUAGAGAACAAAUAUUCUUGAGGAAGAAAUGUGCAGAACAUGUGUUGACCAGGUUAUCUCAAAAUUAAUCUGGAGUUCAAAAGCUAAGAGACGCAGAUGUUGACAAGUUUUAAUCUCAUUUCAAAAAUGUUAAUUGUCUUUAAAUGGCCUUUAAUUGGUUUUAACAGUUUUUAUCGAUCAUUUUAAUAUUUCUUCAGAGGUUUUACGACAAUCAAGCGGUAUAUAUACAAUUUUGUAAAAUAAACAAGUACGGAAACGUGUGCAUAUUGGGAGAAACUUGCACUAAAACACUGACCAAUUUUCAUGUAGUUUUAAAAAGUGAAAACUGUAAAUCGCUGCAACAAAGGGAGAGCCAGUGUGAUGUAACAGUUAAGAGUACCAGACGAGGAGACCCGAGUUCAAAUUCUCACUCAGCCAUGAAGCGCAUUGGGCGACUUUAAGCCAGUCGCUGCCUCUCAGCCUGACCUACCUUUCAGGGUUUGUUGUGAGGGUCAAACAGGGAGGGGAGAACCUCACACCCCACCUUGAGUUCCCUGGAGGAAAGGCUAGCAUAUAAAUGUAACAGAUGAUAAUAAUGAUAAUGAUAAUAAUAAUAAUAAUAAUAAUAAUAAUAAUACAGUGGUACCUCAGGUUAAGUACUUAAUUCGUUCCGGAGGUCCGUUCUUAACCUGAAACUGUUCUUAACCUGAAGCACCAUUUUAGCUGCUCCUGCUGCUGCUGCGCUACCGUUGUGCGAUUUCUGUUCUCAUCCUGAGGCAAAGUUCUUAACCUGAGGUACUAUUUCUGGGUUAGCAGAGUGUGUAACCUGAAGCGUAUGUAACCCGAGGUACCACUGCAGAUGUGAAGAGCUGAAUUUAAAGGUUGGGGAAACGAGAGAAACGGAAACAAACAGGUCCAUCCAUCUCUGUCUCAGAGGCCUUCUGCAAAUGGAACUUGGGUCUAGAUGGGUUUUCCUCCCUCCAGCUCCAAGCUAUUCUUAGCUGCGUGGGUGGCCCAACUCUCUGCUUCUAGCCUAUUAGCCAGAGUGCCCAUUUGGCCAGACGCAGCAAGAAUUUCCAUCUCACACAGAAAUGCUCCAUCUUCUGGCUUUGAAAAGAGAGACUGGGAUUUUUAUUUUUUUUAAAGCAAAAUGCAACAGUCUAGCUAUAAAUAUGCCUAUCUGGACCCACCUCAUAGCCAUUCUAAAAUAUUGAUUGCCUCUCUCUUUUCUUGCAGAGAGGCUGGUUUCAGGUCUGCGUCGGUAUCGAUCCCAUUGCAAAGGGACUAGGACUGUUGCAAAGACCCCGUGAGAAAGAGGUGGGGGUGGAGGGUGGGAGAAUAUCAGAACACGGGGCGCUAAGCAAAAGUUAAAGGUAAAGGAACCCCUGACCAUUAGGUCCAGUCGUGGCCGACUCUGGGGUUGCGCGCUCAUCUUGCUUUAUUGGCCGAGGGAGCCGGCGUACAGCUUCCGGGUCAUGUGGACAGCAUGACUAAGCCACUUCUGGUGAACCAGAGCAGUGCACCGAAACACCAUUUACCUUCCCGAUGGAGCAGUACCUAUUUAUCUACUUGCACUUUGACAUGCUUUCAAACUGCUAGGUUGGCAGGAGCAGGGACCAAGCAACGGGAGCUCACCCCGUCACGGGGAUUCGAACCGCUGACCUUCUGAUCGGCAAGUCCUAGGCUCUGUUGUUUAACCCACAGCGCCACCUGCGUCCCAUGCAAAAGUUACAGUGCCUCAAAUCUAUCUGGCCGCUCUUGAUUCCCAUGUCGUGUGUGUCAUCGAAAUAAUUAACAACAACAAUAGUAAUGUUUAUUAUGUAGCAUAGGAAUGGAGAACCUUUUUUUCAAACCAAGGGCCACAUUCCCUUCCAGGAAAUCUUCUGGGGGCCACAUGCCGGGGGUGGGCAGAGCCAGAAGCAAAAGGAGGAGAUGGAGGCACAAAGUUAAAUUUACUUCUGUUCAGGCAACCAAGAGUUCAAGGGUGCAUUCCAGCCAGGUAGGAAUGCUCAAGGAAGGUGAAAAGGGUGUGGCCUGGGGAGAGUCUUGAGGGCCGCAGAGAGAGGCCUGGAGGGCCACACGGGCUGCUGAGCUGGAGGUUCCCCCAAUUAAGUAGUUAAAUAUCAUAUCCAAAGUAGCAGCUCCAUGAGUCAUGUCUGUAAUAAGCCUGACGGGCACUGAAGAUUCUCCAAGAUGGCAAUUACCUUAAGAGUUCAUCUGAGGAUUUAUAGCAGGCAUAGGCAAACUCGGCCCUCCAGAUGUUUUGGGACUACAACUCCCAUCAUUCCUAGCUAACAGGACCAGUGGUCAGGGAUGAUGGGAGUUGUAGUCCCAAAACAUCUGAAGGGCUGAGUUUGCCUAUGCCUGAUGUAUAGAGUGCUUUUGGGGUUAAAUAAUACCUUGCAGGGGAAAAGGAAUUUAUAAGCUCUUUGCUCAGAGGCAGAACAUCCCUGCAGCAGCUGCCCACCCAUGGGUGGAAGGCAGGGGGUCCAGCAGUAGGUGACACCAGAGCCAAAGACAGGCAGAGCCAACUAAUACAGUUUUGGCUUCCUCCUCCUUGCCAAGUUCUACAAGGGGAAACCCUGGGACUAAGGAGGAGGACAGGCAGUGUCAAAGAGUGAGCCGGCAGCAAAUCGCACUGUUCUAAGUUGGAGUUAACUCUUUAUUAGCAAAAAACACGAUCUUUGAAGAUUUGGCUGAGUGUGAGGCCUAAUGAGCAGAGUAGCUCAUUCCUGAUUUCCUCCAUGAAAAUAAUUUGCUGAGACUGAACAUUCCCACCUCCUCACAGCCAUCUACAGUGGUACCUCGGGUUAAGUACUUAAUUCGUUCUGGAGGUCCGUAUUAACCUGAAACUGUUCUUAACCUGAAGUACCACUUUAGCUAAUGGGACCUCCCGCUGCUGCCGCAGUGCCGGAGCAUGAUUUCUGUUCUCAUCCUGAAGCAAAGUUCUUAACCGAAAGCACUAUUUCUGGGUUAGCGGAGUCUGUAACCUGAAGCAUAUGUAACCCGAGGUACCACUGUAAGUGCUUCCCUUUCCAGGGCUUUCCCCAAGCAAUCGGAGACUGGGCCUGCAUGCAAGCCUGCUGCUCCUCCACCCAUUUCAGCCCUCUUCUGUUUCUGGGAGACAAGUGGGGAGGGAUCUUGUGGCAGCAGGUGGGAGAGACACCCCUGACUCUUCACCAGCCUUACUCAUCUCUGCCUCUUGGCCCCCAUCCUCACCUGCUUCUGGACUGCUUUCUGCCACAGACUCUCCCAGCUCACUAACCCCGGGAACUAUAGUUUACCCCUCGCAUUGCUACAGUUCCCACCAACACAGAACAAGAGGCAGUUUCCAGGGAUCUUGGGGAGCCGGCACAGCCAAGGUUAGGAAGGGCGCAAGGGAUCUGCGAUCCCCUAACCGCGCCACUGAGCCAGAUUUCAGCAGCGAUCCCCGGAGGCUGGUCAGCGGGGCUUACUUCCGAGUGAGCGCGCAACGGAUUUGACAGUGUCGUGCGCCCUGCGCGCAAAGCACAUCCCACUCCAUUGCAACCCUGCUCUUUAAGGGUUGGCGAUCCCUGGGAUCUUAUUCCUCCGGCUCCUCCCCCGCCUCUCCCUCCCCUCCCCCGCCUCUCCACCCCCUCCCCUUUCCCCUGAUGCUCCCACCGCCGCCCCCUUUCCUUCCUAGUUCAGCUCCGCCCAGCCCCGCAUCCUCCUUCCACCGCCGCCAACCACCUCUCUCAAUCUCUCUCUCUCUGCAUAUCGCAAAAUUGUCCUUCUCCUCCUCCUCCUCCUUUCGGAUCCUUCCUCCACCUCCCCAGCCGAUCCUUCCCACCACCGCCACCCCGUUUCAAGUUGGAGGAGGGAGAGUCCGGAGGAAAGGAGACCAGAAAGGAGUCAAUGUUUUUGCAGCCGCCUGCAAAUCCUGCGGUCAGUUUCCUGGUCCGUUUCCACGCUUCCCUUGGGGAUCCUGCUUCGGCUUCCUCUCUCCGUGUUAAGAUUGUUUGCAAGUUUUUCAGGGGAGGGAGAGGGUAGCUUGCGAUAAUAAACUGCCCCCUAGUGUUGUGCGUGUAGCUGCUGGGCUGGGCGAGGGGGCUGGGCGGGAAAGGAAGUUCCUUAAACCUGGGAAAGUCCUUCGUGCGCAUAGAAACUUUGGUGACCCGUAUCCGUGAUCCUGCUUUUUCUGCUUUGCGCUCCCCUCCCCAACCCCAACCCCCUCGCUUCCUACAGCACAAGGAAAAAGGAAGUUUAAGAAAAAGUUUUCUCCUGUGCACGCGCGCACACCUGGACUCGAGAAGAAAGGAAACAGCGGAAGGAGAUGGAAUAAAACGGUGCAAUCUCUGGUAGAGUUUUUUUUUAUUGUUGGGGCUUCUUUUAAAACCCUGCAGUUUCUAGCUGGAAAGAGAUGA